AUGGGACUUCGGUGGUGUGUCACCAUCCACUAUCUUGUAGUUUCAGAUAAGACUUCAGCAGACACUAUAGGAAGAAAUGGAGCUUUUGCUCUAGCCCUAGAGGUGUUUACCCUGCCAUGGAGGAGCCUGUGGUUUCCCUGGUGCUUCACUGUUGUUGCUGGAAGAGCUGUUGUAAUCUGCUGCACCUAUUUAUUGCCUGAGGUAUUUCUCUCCUGUUCAGCCGCUAAGCAUCUGUAAAAGAAAUCCAACUCGGACAUUGCUAUCUCCCCACUGAUCAUAAGGGAGACAUGUUGAGGGAGCAGUAGCACUCUCUUAACUACCUUCUCACAGUUUAUGCUUCAGUCAAGCUGUUGUGUCGAAGCUAAACCACCAGAAAAGCUUUAGCUGCUUCUGGUGACUCUGGUGAUGGAGCAGGCUCUGAUGGGAGCAAGAAUGCUCAGGAUACCCAACUGCCUGCCAAAACUGACCAGGGUGGUGAUGAGCCACAAGCUCGGGGCUCUGUUUAUCCUCGCCUUUAAGUUCAUGUCCUUUGCCUCCAUCGUGUUUUACUGGAGAAUCACGGAGGACCCUAAGGGCAGGGGCCAGGUGUACAGCUUGCCUGUUGAAAUCCACUGUGCUCACUCUGUGCCUUCUCCUCCCAACGCCAUUGCUGGUGGGCCCCCUUCUUCCCCAGGAGAUGUGUUUUUUGUGGAGACCUCGGAGCGAACUAACCCAAGUUACCUGUUCACGUGCUCCGUGGAGUCAGCGGCCAGGACGCACCCUGGGACAAGGGUUGUGGUGCUGAUGAAAGGUUUGGCAAACGAGAAUGCCUCAUUACCCAACCACUGGGGCUUUUCGUUGCUGAGCUGCUUCCCCAAUGUGGAAAUCCGACCCCUGGACUUGCCGGAGCUUUUCUCUGGCACACCUCUGGCAAAGUGGUACUUGCAGGCUCAACAUCGCUGGGAGCCUUAUUUCUUACCUGUCCUGUCUGAUGCCUGCAGAAUUACCAUCAUGUGGAAAUUUGGCGGCAUCUACUUGGACACAGACUUCAUUGUGCUUAAGAACUUAAAGAACCUCACAAAUGUGCUUGGUACCCAAUCCAAGUAUGUACUGAACGGGGCCUUUCUGUCCUUUAAACCCAAACACAAGUUCAUGGAGCUUUGCAUGAAGGACUUUGUAGAGAACUACAACAGCUGGAUCUGGGGACACCAGGGCCCACAGCUCCUAACACGUGUCUUCAAGAAAUGGUGCUCCAUCAGGAGUCUUCGGAGCAGUACGAGCUGCAAAGGAGUGAGUGCUCUACCCCGUGAGGCUUUUUAUCCCAUUCGGUGGCAGGACUGGAAGAAAUACUUUGAAGCGGUCAGCUCCUCAGAGCUUCAUCACCUCUUUAACAAUACCUAUGCAGUGCAUAUAUGGAACAAGAAGAGUCAAGGGACAAGGCUUGAGAUCACAUCCCAGGCUUUGCUGGCUCAACUGCAUUCUCACUUCUGCCCUGCCACAUACAGUAUCAUGAAGAAGGACUCCGAACGUCAAUGA